GUGAAGUAUUAGGAACAGUAAGAACAUGGCUUACCCUUUCCCUCAUGUUAUUAAAGUACUUGUAGUGGGAGACAAUACUGUGGAUAAAGGACUCCUGCUCAGGAAAUUUGAGAACAGUGAGAGAAGAGAUUAUCCCUUUGUAUCUACAAUUGGCAUUCCCUAUCGCGUGAGGGACGUGAGCGUGGAUGGCCAGACGGUGAGAGUGCAGCUGUGGGACGCAGGGUGGACCGAGGCCUGGACUGCCGUGGACGCUUCAUCCCACGACGCCCUUGCAGCCUCCGCCCUUCUGCUGGUGUACGAUGUGACGAGGGAAGACACCUAUGAGAGCGUCAGGACAUGGUUACGAAGUGUUAAAUCGGGUGGCCGUUGCACAGACCGUGUUGUAAUGAUGGUUCUUGGGGAUAACUGUCACUUUCAACGUGACGACCGGCAGGUGACGUGGGAGCGAGGCAAGGAGCUGGGAAGAGAGGCACACGUGGCGUUCUUAGAAGUUUCCUCCGUCACUGCCGUUAAUUUGGAGACGACCCUCAAGUCCGUGGCUCGCGCUGUGCUGGCCAAGGAAUCAGCGGCGGCCCAUCAGUCCUCAAGCAACAACAAAAGCACUUGUUCACUGCAGUAAAACUUCAUUUACAUGAAGCAAGUAAAGAGACAAGUCUAGUGUACAAGUUGCCUGCAUGCUUUCACUUUUCAAAGGCAAGCAGCGAUGGUAAUUGUAAGCAAGUUAACUGCACUCUCAGUUGGUGUUGCACGUUUAACAAACACACACUUUCAUUCUUCCACAUGACAAUGGAUUCUGCAGAGUUUGUGAUUGGAAAGGUAUCGAAACAAUUGUGUGGUGAAAUAUUGAAAAUCGCUUUUUCUUUUUUUUCGGGGGAUGAGUAAGGUAGAGGUGACUGACUGACUGAACACAACGAAAGAACGAUCGAACACCGGUCUUCAGCAAACUUGUAUGUUAGUUUGUCACUCCACCUUGCAGGCAUGUUAGAAACUAUGCAACAACCCCACUUAGCUACACUAUAGUGAUCGUUAACCUGGGUGCAUGGUGCACUUCACGAUGCAGUGAAACAUUGUAAAUGUUAUCUGGCACUAAUGAGGUACAGAGAAAGGUACUGUAUAUGACAUGGCCGAUAUAUAGAAAAGAUGUUUCAAAGAUAAUUUUGCCAUGUAGAGAAGUGAUUGAUUUAAAAAUAAAAUAUUACAAAUUUGUGUACACGACUCGAUUUACACCCCUCAUAAAUUUAUUAUGCA